AUGGAAAACUCAAAUUUUUAUCAACGUAGGCCUUACUUCCACGUUUUGGACGACGGAGACGACUAUUUCGAUCAAGGACUCAUGUAAGUUGACCAGACCUCAAACCUCUCGGACUUAAAAAGAAAUCAUUCACUCAUGUAAUGCUUUUGUUCAUUUAGCGAUAACUUAAAUCGACGGAUUGCGAGGGAAAACUCGGGACAGUCGUCAAUCAGUGGGCAAUAUUGGCCUUUCCCAGCUGCAAGCACCUCAUUUUACCGUCCAUCUGAACCUCAACCAACAAAUCAGUUUACAAACCGGAUAGUGCCCUGUCGAACAGAGUCACCGAUUCCACUUGCAGCGAGCACGCCACCCUCUUCUUCUGCUGCUUCAAGUGAUUCUGAAGUAACGAAUGUCACCGCCAAAGGAAAUAAAUCGCGUGCCAAGUCUGCCGACUGGACUGAAGAAGAAACUUUUGAUCUUUUACAAGCAUGGGGCCUCAAGUAUGAGAAACUUCGAAGUGCUUCGCAGCGAGAGAAAAUAGCCUUGUGGAAUGAAAUCUACUCCACGUAUAAAGAAUGCCAUCCGAGGAGUACAAGAAGCCUGGCUCAGGUUAAAAGACGCCAGAAGAAUCUAGAGUACGAAUUCAAGCAACUAAAACAACGCACAAAUCGAUCAAAGACGGGUUUCCAUAUUUCGAUCUUUUUGACGAGGUGA